CGAGCAGCCUUUGAAUUGGGACAGCCUUCGUCGCGUCGCUGUGACGUAAUCGGCCUUAAAAUGCGGCCUUUAAGGCUGCAGACCCUGGAUUGGGAUACAGCCCUAGCUUUGCUUCCCCUCGUCUUAUUAUGUGUGAUUAGUCCCAGCUGUGCUUCCCUCCUGUUUCCGGUUCCUGCUCCCUUGUGUAUUUCAGCGCUGUGUUCUCCUUUGUCGUGUCGUACGUCUCCUGUGUGUUUCCUCCGUGGUCCUCGUUUCCUGUGGCCUUGGUUUACCAGCUUCUAGUUGUUAUGCUUUGUUUCUUGUUUCCUGUAUUUGAGUUUUUCACAGCGCAGUGAAAGCUGCCUCCUUCAGUUCCUCUGUGUCCUGUGAGUCCUGCAUUUGGGUCCACUCUCCUGCCUGCCACACAGCAAACGUGACUGUGUGAGGUUUAGGAUUCAGAGCCGUGGUGAAGGCCAGUAGAAGCAGGCAGAGCGGGACUUCCUCUGGCCUCAUGGCGGCUCCUGGGCUUUACCCUGACAUAUGUUGGUCCUGGUUUAUCGGGCCGGGGCUUUGCAGACGUAACGACCUGUAAGGACAGAAGAUGGAACGUGUGGUGGAGGAGGAGGCCUUGGUUACGAUGCUGUCAGUGAUCGGGGUCAGGCUAUGAAGAUGAGACGGCUUCUGUUUAGGUUCACGAAACUUCCCACACCUGCCCGUCAUCGUGUGAAUGCAGUGAUCUUUCCGCUUCAGUAACAACAACAUCAUUAAAAAAGUGGAACACAUGAAACAAACACUGUGCAAUAAAAGCACAGACGGGUGCUGAUCUGAGGUCAGAUAAGCUCAUGAUAGUAAGUAGGUCAACACAGUCUAGCAGGAUCCUUCCUGCGUCUCUGACCUGUGAAGAGACGGGCCGAUGAAAAGAUAAGAGCGAUCGGUUCUGUGAGGUCACAUAUCGUCGUAUCGAUGAGGAGAUCAGACCGACAGCCCUCCUCCUCCUCCUCCGGGAGGAAAGUCUGAGCCGCUGUGAUCGUCAGGAGGAGACGCGCUGUUCUGUGAGAGGCACAGGUGAUUUAAUGAUCAUCAUCACGCCACAUGUUGCUGACUUUGACAGCGACGAGUGCAGUAACGCAGCUGCUGCUGUCAGCUGUCCUGUUUGCUGCACAGCUACGAGGCCGUGUUUGCAGCGCAGAAAAACUGCAGUGACAGACCAUUGUGUCACUGUACAGGUGUGUCAGGUGUACAACGCAACCGCCAACACAUCUCACAGAAGAGAUGAGAAAUCACACCGAAGGAAACAAAUCUGUGGUUCUGGAAACACGUCCACUCUGUGUUUACCACACGGGUUAUGACACACAUCAAUGAUAUUUACAAGGUUCAUAGCAUCAUUCUUUCUAAUCACAGGCGCGGUCGAGUGAUGUCAUCACUAUUGAGCACAAAAAUAAGACCUGGUGUCAAAUAUUAACAUAAGUAUCUGCAAAUGUUAGAAAAAGCGUGUGUGGGCACGUUAAUAUGGAAUUAAAACAAUGUUAGAAUAGAAUAGAAUAGAAUAGAAUAGAAUAGAAUAGAAUAGAAUAGAAUCAUCCUUUAAUUGGGGGGGAAUGUGGGUGUCACAGCAGCCAGAAAGACACAAAUACAAACAAACAGUACACAGGACAGAAACAUACACAGUUUUUACAUAUUUACAUCGAGGGCGAUGGUUACCAAAAACAGAGUCCUGCACCCUUAUUAAAUAAAAUAAAAUAAAUACAGUUAAGAGGCAAACCCUGGUUGUAGUGUGAAUCGGUUGAUAAAAUAGUGCAAGUUGCAGCGCAGAUGUAAACAUCUGUGUUUGUUGGUACAGUCUGACGGCUGCAGGGAGGAAGGAGCUGUCCUGUGUGAAUAUGGCUUAAAUGCUGAAAUAUCAUUACAGCAGCUUCUCCUCACCUGUUCAGCAGGUAUGUAGUUUGAGUUUCUCUUUGUAUCCGUUUGCUGCUCACGGUGUGAUUUAUGUUCACAUGUUUGAAUCUGGAGGUCUGUAUUAAAAAUCCCAGUUACCUCUGUUUCCUCUGCAUCAGCGUUGUUGCUGUUUUUAAAUAUCCAGUUUCUUUGGCCGUCUGUGAUUUUCGCCACCUUUCACCACAAGUUUUUGUUUUGGUUAUUACUAAAAGCUUCCUCUUAUUUAGCAUCACAUUUGUUCAGGUGGCGUGAGAGCAGCAGCCUCCUGAAAAAGGCACGAUUGGUAACCAUGUGUUGUACCACUUCCCUUUUAGCCUUCAGCAGUUCCCGUGGUGACCGUCUCUGUUUUAACCGCCGUCUAACCUGGGUUGGUCUUUCCAGACCUGGAAACAUGGCAGCUUCGACCUUCGACCCCUCCGGAAACAACAACAGUAACUCCAGCUGUUAUGAAGACAUCCAGGACACCUCAGCCCACAUCUUCUUCAUGGUGAUCUACACCCUGGUGUUUCUAGUCGGUUUGUUCCUCAACGGUUUCACCCUGAACGUUUACUUCUUCAGGGGUCAGCGGCACGUGUCCAGCGUCACCCUCUUCCUGAAGAACCUGGCAGCGGCCGACUUCCUCAUCAGCCUCUGCCUCCCUUUGCGAAUUAUGAAGUACGCCAACAUUAAGUCUGAGAUCAUCCGCAAGGUCUACUGCAACUUCGGUGCCUCGGCCUUCUACCUGAACAUGUACGCCAGCAUCAUGUUCAUGGGCUUCAUCGCUGCUAACAGGUACCUGAAGAUCGUCCACCCUUUGGGAAAUCACAUGCUGCAGACAGUACGAGGUGCUAAGAUAACAUCCAUCCUAACCUGGGUCUUCCUCAUCACUGUGACGAGCUCCUACAUCCUGGUCUCUCUUAUAACAGAAAAGCCGGUAUAUGAAACACUAACAAAAGUGAGCUGUGAUGAGAUGCACAGUAAAGAGCUCAACGUGCUUUACAAAAUCAUCCACGUCUUCUCGGCCACCAUCUUUGUAACCGUCCUCGUCUGCCUGGUUUUCUUCUACUACAAAACCUCUCGCAAGCUUUCAGUGGCACAGGAGAAGCAGCCUGCAUCUAUUGGGUCCAAGAAGCUCGCCAGAUCACGCAGAAACAUGUUGGUGCUGGUCAGCGUCUUCUGCGUCUGCUUUGUCCCCUACCACCUGGUUCGUCUUCCUUACGCCUACACAUCCAAGACCAGCAACUGUUCGUGGAGCCAGGUCUUCUUCUACGUGAAGGAAAUGGCGGUCUUUGUGUCAGUUCUCAACGUUUGCCUGGACCCGCUCAUCUACUUCAUCUUCUGCAAGGCCUUCCGGGCCAGGUUGAGCCUCAAGAAUGCGCUAGCCACUACAGAGGUGUCAACGGUCGCAGCGAACGCAGACAGGAGGAGCAGCGAUACGCAGAGCUCCAUCAAAAGGAAGCUAUCGCUCACCCCAACGACAAGGACCAGCGUGCUGUAGCUUUAAGCUAGCACACGAACGACUGUGAUGAAUGUGAGCUCUAAAAACUGCAACUAUGUGCCAAAGCUGCCUGCUGGGACCGGCUGUUUCAGGACACGGGUGGUACCACGUCGGGCUUUUCAGAGACCUGCACUGAAACGUUCCUGUUUGCUAUCAAAGGCCUAAAUAUUAAGAAAAGUCAUGUCAGUACACUGAAGUAUUUUUUCAUAGAUGAGGAAUUUCAUCACUUAGCAACUAUUUAUCGUCUAUCUUCUUUAACUCUGUGACUAUAAAUGAUCCCUGAUGGACAGCUAAACUGCAAGCCAACAUAUCUCAGAGGUUUUGACAUUUUAUGACCUCCUCCUGCACUGAUGUACCUUUAAAACGUCCAAACUAGCCUCUUCUCAAGCUCAUUUACAGGAAGCAGUCCGAUUUGGUCUCAGGUGAACUGGACCCGUAAAACCACUGCAUAAAAACCCAUGUGUUUAAAAAACUGUAAAUAUGUACAUUAUGUUAUUGUUCACCUGAACCAGAGCCACAAUUUGUAUGCAAACUGCUUUGGAUAUAAAUAAAUCGAAUACAUUUAUCA